ACUGUUAACAGGAGCCGCCAAAACACCACACAAUAAAUUGACAAGCGGUGUUUGUCAAAAAAAAAAAUAAUAAUAAAAUUGUGUAUUUUAUUAAAAUUAAACAGAAUUUAUAAAAGAAUUUGUGUUCAUUUAUUAAAUAAAACUGUUAAAGAACUACGACACCAUGGAUUUUAAUGCACUACUACAGCAGGCACAACGUUUAACCAAUGAAACACAGACCUCCGAAGAACUACCUCGUGUGGAGCGUACCAUUUCACAAGUUUUAGAGGCCACCAAGGAAUUGCAUUCGCGCGUAACACAAACCGGUGCACAAGAUAUACAAGCGCACAUUUUAUUGGGUUCCAAAGGCAUUGAUUUGCCAAAGAUAUCCCAAAAACUAGAAUCGUUAAGUGCACGCAAGACUUUUGAACCCUUAGAUCCCAUAGCCGAUACAGAUAUACAAAGUUUUUUGAAAAAUGAAAAAGAAAAUGCCAUACUUUCGGUUAUAGAAGAAGUUCAUAAAAAUUCCUUUAUGAAUGCCCAAAAACGCAAAUGGGAGCAUAUUAAAUCGGAAUGGCGUCAGGAGAAAAUGAAAUUGAUGAAUGCUUUGGUGGGUCCCUCACAAAAUUGGAUUGACAUACAAAAAGUGCCAGAACAAACGGUUAUCAAUGAAACCUUUGGUACUCGCUCAUGUCUCAAUCGUAUUGAAAUGGCUUAUGCCCGUGAAGUGUACGACUACAAUGCCAUUGUCAUCAAAGGUGCCUUCCGGCCGAAUCUUGUACAAAAAUUCGCCAAGGUAGCACAAACAUUUGAUGAUCCCAAAAUUAAUGAAAUUUGGGAAAUUAUGAAAUAUAUGGUAGAUGUAACACCCGUCUCGCGUAAUCGUGAUCCCAUGCAAAGUCGCCAGCAGGUAACACAAUUUGUGGAACAGGCUAAAAAAUACUUAGAGAAUCGUUACAAAGUCUAUAUGACCACAAUAAUCAGUGGUAAUUUGCGGGAAGCUCAAAGAGGUGGUGUACCAAGUAUUUUUAAUUUAGUGUCAUCUUUUGUGGGCUUAACAUUCAAUCAAGGCAACUGUUUUGGUCUACAAGAUGUGACCAUAGAUGGUAAGCCUUUGUGGCCUAUGGUUUACUACUGCCUAAGAUGUGGUGAUUUGCAGUCGGCCUUGAGAUGCAUGCAAAUGGGAGGAGCCGGCCAUGAGGAUUUCAUGCAGGUGUUAGAGGAUAAAGUCAAUAAACCAGAACAAAAAAUAAACUCCAAAUUGGAGGGUCAACUUAAAUUACACUAUUGCAAUAAGAUUAAAAACUCUACAGAUCCUUAUAAAAAGGCGGUUUAUUGUAUUAUUGCUGGUUGUGACCCUAAUGAACAGCAUUUAGAGGUAGCCAAGACCACCGAUGAUUUCCUAUGGAUACAAUUGUCCAUUUUGCGCACUGAUGUCAGCGAAAGUUCAGAGGCUUUAACUUACUCCGGCUUGCAAACCAUGAUUUUGGAGAAAUACGGAGAAAAACAUUUCAAUGCUGGUGAACAGCAACAUUUAUAUUUCCAAGUUUUGGCUUUAACGGGACAAUUUGAGGCAGCCAUUGAGUUUUUAUCACGCACCGAAAAAUAUCGUGUUCAUGCUGUGCAUAUAGCUUUGGCUUUAAAUGAAAUGUUUUUGAUAGCGGGACCACGUAAUGUUCAAGAACCAUUAAUAUCGGUGGAUAUUGAGGAUCCUGUGCCAAUGCGCCGCUUAAAUAUCGCCCGUUUGGUUAUGUUGUAUGUGAAGAAAUUUGAAAUCACUGAUCCGGCCGAAGCUUUACAAUAUUUCUUCUUUUUGCGUAAUCUUAAGGAUCCCGAGGGUCGCAAUUUGUUUUUGGUGUGUGUUAGUGAUUUGGCAGUGGAGUGCCGUGAUUAUGAUUUAAUAUUUGGUAAAAUGAUGCCUACUGGCAUGGCCUGUGGGGGUUUAUUCCAACAAUUUGAUUGUGUAGACUUUGAUACCAGAACUGCUGCCGGCAUGGUAGCUGAGGAAUUAGUACGCAAGGGCAUGUUUGAAGAUGCCAUUAAAUUAUUUGAUAUAGCCAGUAUGCAAAGUCAAUCCCUGCGCUAUUUGUCGCUUUUGCUCUCCCAAGUGGUUCAUCAAAGUUCGAAAAAAGGCUCAUUGCGUGAACGUCUUUCUGUUAUGGCCGCCGAUUUUAUGGAACGUUUAAGAGGCAGUCGCAUUGAGUGUGAACCUCAAGUUCUAGCCAAUUUUAAUUUAUUAACCGAAUUGGUAGCCUUUUUCGAUUACUAUCACGAACGUAAAUUUCAAAUUGCUCUCGAGGUAUUGGCCAAUACUAAACUUGUACCCAUGUCUAUGAAUGAUUUGGAAGAAUGUAUUAAUAAUUUCAAACGAUUGGGUGGUGAAAUCUGUAAAGUAUAUCCUGAUAUUUUAUUAGCGGCCAUGGAUAUUUUGUAUUCGCAAUAUAAGGCCAUUAAGGGUAAAGAUACCGGAAUGUUGGAUACUGGCAGAGAUAGUCAAUUACAACAUUUGCGACAGAAAGCUAAAGCUUUAACAAAUAUGGCCGCCACCGUACCAUAUCGUAUGCCAGGCGAUACAAAUAAACGACUGGUGCAAACGGAAAUUUUAAUGCAUUAAUUUUAAUUAAGUUUCAGUUAAAAUAAGACAUAUUUUAAAAAUAAAAAUCGAAAAGUUUUUUUGUAUUAUAAAUAA